CUUCCUUCCUUAUUUCCAACUCGACUGAGGCAGCUACUGGAAACCAUUUCACAAUUGUGGAGAGUACACUCCCAAUAAGGUGGAAAAAUGUAAUGAGAAAGUGAGAGAACAAUUGAAAAACUAAGAAGAACAAUUUGUAUACGCCUAGUAAAACACAAUAGUUACUGCGCUAAUAAUGUUGGGUCCAGCUUCCUGAGGCACCAGGACAUUGUGUUGGGGCUGCUCUAUGGAACCCGUCCUACUAUUCUAUGGGGAAGAAAGAAAUGUACAACUGUCUGUUUCUCUCAUUGACCUGUCUAUGCAUUCUCCCGGGUUAUGAUUCAGAGGAAUGUGUGACUUCUGUCUUUGCAAAGAGAAGUUCUGUUGACGUACCAAAGGGGGGCACUCUUUCCUUAUCCUGUGUUGUUCAGCAUUGUGGAGAUGAUGGCUGGACAGGGGAUGGGGGCUGUCAACAGAGGGACAGUUCCUUCUCUUUAGUCCCACUCCAAGGCAUCAUCUCUCCAAAGUCACACUGACAACCAAUAGUACUCGUCUGCUCAUGGACAUCCUCAACGUCAACCAAUCAGAUCACGGACUGUACCAAUGCCAGAUCACCUGGGUUGAGGGAUCCACCAGUGUUGGACAUAUGACAUAUGUGAACAUCACUGCAGCCAUACCACCCACAUCCGUGAGGAAGGUCUAUUCCAGGGUGGCGGUGUAUGUAAGUACCUGUUUGGUAAUCACCCUGGUUUUGGGUCUGGCUUACCAUAUAAGAUCAAAGGUCCCAUCUCAGCCGCCACAAAUAACACCGCCCAAGCCCCCACCACGCUCCCAAAGUGCACGCAAGGACACGCCUCUCACACCCAGGCCUAAACCAAAUAUAGAGUUGGUCUAUGCAGCUCUUUCAAAGGACUGCCUUGAACAGCGGAUUCCUAAUCCUCAACGAAAACCUUCACAGCUCACAGUCUACUCCUCUCCCCGCUUCUCCUGACUCACUGUUUAAUGUGGGAUGGACAAUGUAUGGCCAGUCAGACUUUUAUAUUGUAGAGACCUCAACCCAGCUCCUACCCACUGGGCACACACUAGUUGAAUCAACAUUGUUUCCACGUCAUUUCCAUGAAAGUACAUUGAACCAACGUGGAAUAAACGUUGAAUUGACAUCUGUGCCCAGUAGGUAGUGACCUCGUCAAAUGGUUCGGAUCUCUUGUCGUAAAGGCUAAUGUGUUGAGUUGAUAGUCGCUGGACCGAGGUUCGAGUCCAGUAGAACUGAUGUUCCAUACCAAAAUAUUGCCACUUUUAAGAAAAGUUGAGCAAAUUGUAUUAAAUGUUGACCCCUCAAAACAAUGUUCCAUGUAAAGCAGACCUGGGUUCAGACACUAUUUGAAAUAUUUCAAAUACUUUGAGUGUUUACUCUAGCCUGCCUGGGGGGCCUGAGGGGUGAGAUUUGCCGUUUUUGGACUAUUCUAUUGGUCCAUUAUGCCAGGCAUGCUCAAUCAAGCACAUAUACAUUAUUUAAGAUGAUUUCAAAUAGUAUUUGAACCCAUGUCUAAAGCAUGCUAUCUCCCUUUUAUAAUAAACAGACAAAAACAAUCA